ACAACAACAAACGGGUGGUCUUCCACUGACCGCCUUGCGCUGUUACGCUGCACGCUGCACGAGCGCCUGCCCGUCUAUCGCAGCCACAGAAGUACCCCUAGCGUUCCCCACAUACGCGAUACCAGGCUGAGUAAACUUCUGCCCGGCUGCCUCGCCCUUCGUUUUCUUCCAUCCUUCUCGUCUCAGUCGUCUGGCCCACGAGACUCCCAGCACGCAAUACAACGUCGGGACUCGCGUCACUCCUUUCUUCUGCACUAUUUAUUUCUAUCAGCAUCCCCCUCGUUUUGCUGUCUUGUCUUCUUCUUUCCUCAAGCCUGGUGUAGCUACUCUUGCAGAACCCAUACAAGUCUUCUUACUGUUCUAGACCCCAGAUCAAUCAUUACACAACAGCCAUGGGCUCCUACAACCCCUUUCCGGCUUCUCCGCCAGUGUCGCCUCCCAAUGGCUUCCAAGGCGCCGCCGGCUUCUCGACUCCUCUGUUUCCAGCAAGGCCAAACAUCCUCUUCAUCAUGGCUGAUCAGCUGGCCGCGCCUGCCUUGAAGAUGCACAACCCAAAGUCACAGAUCAAGACACCCAACCUGGACAAAUUGGCCGAACAAUCUGUCGUCUUCGACUCUGCAUACUGCAACAGCCCACUUUGCGCUCCUUCUCGAAUGUGCCUCAUCAGCGGCCAACUGCCCUCCAAGAUCGGCUCCUACGAUAACGCAUGUUCAAUCCCCUCUGAAACUCCCACCUACGCACAUUAUCUGCGCGACGCAGGCUACGAGACAACCUUGGCCGGCAAGAUGCAUUUCAUUGGAGACCAGCUGCAUGGUUAUGAAAACAGAUUGACUGCGGACAUCUAUCCUGGUGACUUUGGUUGGGCUGUCGAUUGGGAUGACCCGGAUCGUCGCUUGGAGUGGUACCAUAACAGUAGCUCUAUCUUGCAGGCCGGGCCAUGUGUGAGGACCAACCAGCUUGAUUAUGAUGAGGAGGUUCUCUACAAGUCCAAGCAGUAUCUAUAUGAUUAUGCACGAGAGCCUGCCUCCAAGCGACCCUUCGCUUUGACCGUGUCAUUCACUCAUCCUCAUGAUCCAUAUGCCAUUGAGGACAAGUACUGGGAUCUGUACGAGGGUGUGGACAUCGAUCUGCCCAAUGUCACACUGAAAGAGGAGGAACAAGACCCUCAUAGCAGACGUCUCAUGCGUGUCUGUGAUCUCGAAGGUUAUGACUUCUCCGCUGAGCAGAUCAAGCGUGCGCGCCGAGCAUACUACGGUGCCGUGAGCUACGUUGACGACUGCAUUGGCCAAUUGCUCGACGUGUUGAAGAAGUGCGGCUUGGACGACAACACCGUGAUCAUGUUCUCUGGCGAUCAUGGCGACAUGCUUGGAGAGCGAGGUCUCUGGUACAAGAUGUCGUACUUUGAAAAUUCCGUCCGUGUGCCAAUGCUUAUUUCCCACCCCAAACAAUUCAAGCCGCACCGCGUCUCCCAAAAUGUCUCGACUUUGGAUCUCAUGCCUACGUUGGUCGAGUUGAUCGGUUCAAAGCUGAUUCCAGGCCUGCCGAUGGACGGGCUGUCCUUGAUGCCUCAUCUCUAUGGUGGGGACGGCGGUCACGAUACCGUCUUUGCCGAAUACAUGGGAGAAGGCACUGUGGCGCCACUGAUGAUGAUUCGAAGAGGCGACUGGAAAUAUAUCACGUGCCCAAUCGAUCCUCCUCAACUUUUCAACUUGCGACAGGAUCCACUGGAACUCAGCAACCUCGCCACAAGCGAAGACCCAGAAACCCAGGCUGUAUUCAAGGCUUUUGAGCGAGAAGCCAAUGCAAAAUGGGACUUCAAGAAGAUUACCGACGAUGUCCUCACAUGCCAGCGUCAACGUCGGUUUGUCUGGUCUGCCCUGACUAAGGGCCGCUUUGAGAGCUGGGAUUGGAAGGGCCAUGAAGAUGGCAGGACCAAGUACAUCCGCUCUCAGACCCCCCUGGACGAACUCGAACGACGAGCACGGUACCCGAUUGUUAGCAACAUUCCCACGCAAAUCGCUAUCAAUAAGAAAGACGAAGUGGUUUGCCUCCAACCAAAACGCUUGGUGGAAAUUGCCAGCGAGCCUGUGCAUUACCGCUGAAUGCAUUCAUUGGUAUGCUAAGGCAUUUACGAUUUGUUUUUACGUUCAGGCGUGAUUAAGGAAUGACAUGAGGGGAAUGCUGUGUUUUGUGAGCGUGGUGUUUUGGUGUUCUGAACUUUGAUGGUGGAGUUUUCCAUGGUUUCUCGAACCCGGGCAUUUCAACGGAAAAUCCAGCAUCGCCCUUGGCGUUAUUUCGACGGAGGUUUUACUCAACUGUUUUUGCAUCUUGGAUUCAUGUUGGCGGCCGUAUUGUCUUCGGAGCAGGGUACAUCUUUUGAGCUGUAGCCGGUCGGCUGGCGUUCCUGUCCGUUUGCUUCUGAGGGCAUCAUCAUCUAAUGAGGAUCGUAUGGCGCAUGGCGGAGGCCAUCUAUAAAUACCACAAAACCAGAAAAAAAUAAACAAACGGACCGUUGUCCACAAGCGGAAGCCUUCCUCAUGUGAGAUGGG